AAUUUAACGUAAAAACAUUCCAAAGAUCGUAUUAAAAGUAACCGUCGAAAUAUUAAAUAUGUCAGCGAAUUGUUCCGUUGUGUUGUGCCUUAUUGCAUUGUUAGUGCAGAAUAUCUCCAGUCAAUGUAUUGGAGCAUACAACGGAUAUGCUGAUGGUCUUGCACGGGGAAAUAUACUAGCACGGGAGGCUCCACUUUUGGGCGCAUAUGGUGCAGCUCCUUGUGCUGUAGAAAGAGGACUUGGUUACGGCCCUGCCAAUCUUGCCGCAUCUAACGGCGGAGGUCUCGCUGUUACCAGCGCUUCACCAAUUGCUCCAACUGGCAUUGCGAUGACAUCAGAAAAUGCUUAUGAAGGAGUUUUAGCUGUAACUGGUGCGCUGCCGUUCUUAGCUGCUGUGUCUUUGGAAGGAGUUCUGCCUACAGCUGGAGCGGGUGCCGUCACAUACAGCUGCGGUAACGGCAACGUUGCUAUUCUGAAUGAGGAAAUCGCUGCUCCUGGUUAUAUUGGUGGUCUCGGUUACGCUGGACCAGCUCUAGGAUACAAUGGAUUUGCUGGACCCCUUGGAUAUGAAGCUGGUAUUGCUGGACCAGCAUACGGCUUCGGCUACGGCGGAUGUGGUUGUGGCCCAAUAUACUAAGUCUAAACUAAGUUUUUUUUUU